AUGCCGCUCAUCCUUGACUCGCCGCCGCCCUCGCCUACCGUAUCCGACGCCUUGGAGUCGCGCCGCCGAGUUCACCACGAAGCGGACGUGGUCAUCAUUGGUGCUGGCAUUCUAGGAUGCGCUCUCGCCGUCGCCUUUUCCGACCAGGGCCGGAGCGUCAUUCUUCUCGAAAAAUCUCUCAAACAACCCGAUCGCAUUGUCGGAGAAUUGCUGCAGCCUGGCGGAGUUGCUGCUCUGGAAGAGCUAGGACUAGCCGAUUGUCUGGAGGACAUUGAUGCUAUCAAGGUCUUCGGAUACGAUGUUAUAUACCACGGCGACGAAGUGACCAUCGCAUACCCCGAAAAUGCUGCCUCCACCGCCACUGAUCCGAAAGAGGAAGAGAAGAAGAAGUCAAGACCCGAAGGUCGGUCAUUCCAUCAUGGCCGAUUCAUUCAAAAACUCCGAGAGCGCGCGCUAAAAUGCGCCAAUGUGACCGUCGUCGAGACUACGGCCAGCGACUUGGUGCGUAGUGGAUACACCGGACAGGUCUUGGGAGUCGAGUGCACCACCAGGGACCGCAAGGAUUACUACUUUGGUCAGCUCACUGUUGUCGCGGAUGGUUAUGCUAGCAAGUUUCGCAAGGAGGUCAAUACUCGGGCUCCCGUCGUCAAAUCCAGGUUCUGGGGACUCGAGUUGAUUGACGCCGACCUUCCAAUGCCCAAUCAUGGUCACGUCCUGAUCAGUGACAGCCCUCCGGUUCUGCUCUACCAGAUCGGCACACACGAGACUCGGGCUCUUGUAGACAUACCCGAAGGUCUUGACUCUGCAUCGGUCAGGAACGGUGGCGUCAAGAACCAUUUGCGCAAUGUUGUGUUGCCCUCAUUGCCUGCAAAGGUGCGGCCGUCGUUCGAAGCCGCCCUCGACCGUGGUUCUUUGCGAUCCAUGCCCAACUCAUUCCUGCCUGCAUCCAAAAACAAGCAUGCGGGUGUGAUCUUGCUUGGAGAUGCGAUGAACAUGCGUCACCCUCUGACAGGAGGUGGUAUGACUGUGGCUUUCAACGAUGCUCUCCUAUUAUCGAAACUCCUGUCGCCCGAGCAAGUGCCACGCCUCGAGGACACCAAGGCUGUGUUGGCUCAGUUGGAUGUGUUCCACUGGAGGAGAAAGAACUUGACCAGCGUUAUCAACAUUCUUGCACAAGCGCUGUACUCUCUCUUCGCAGCAAACGAUCCUCAACUCCGAGCUCUCCAGCAAGGAUGCUUCCGCUACUUCCAGAGAGGUGGACAAUGCAUAGAUGGACCUGUAGGACUCUUGGCAGGCAUUAUCCGACAACCGAUGGUACUCUUUUACCACUUCUUCGCUGUUGCUUUCCUCUCAAUCUGGUUGUACAUUACAACAGGUAAUGCUUUGUUCAUUCCGUUCCGAGCAGUGGCAAGUAUCGGUGUGCUGUACAAGGCCUGCGUUGUGCUGUUCCCGUACAUUUUCAGCGAACUUAGGAGUUGA